AACAAAACCACACCACACGCUUGGCCUGAUGAGAGGAAGAGGAGCAAAAGCAGAGCGGCCUCAGCAUGGCGGCUCUCGAAAAAGAAUGCCUCACUCACGGAGUUCAAGCGGCAGUCGCUCACUUUCAGCUGGAGAAGAAUGCCACUGCACUUCUCAGAGCCAACUGAUGUCCGGUCAGAGCAGCAGGAGUUCGUAGCAGGCAGGGGAAAGAGAAAAAUACAAUGUCAGAAUAUAGUUCACAGCUGUCCUCCACUCAACUGCCUUCUCUAGUGCUGUGGAAUACGAAUACCAGCGUGACUUUCUCAUCCUGGCUGGCAGAACCCUCAACUGAUCAGUGCUCUGAUUAGCAGCUGCCCUCAUUAGGCACUUCCACCCUGAUGAGAAAGGCUGCUGCUCUCUGACAAGAUAAGCACUCAUCACAUUCAACAUGAAACACCACACUUCACUUGCUCUCUUGUCUGUAACUCUGGUAGAGGUCUAUUGGCUCAAAAAAUAGCAACAGUUAUUACAUGUUAAUUUCUUUUCCAUUACUGUGCAAGUCAUUGCAGGUGCAUUUAAAAUUCACAUUUUUGGCAUGUUGUGUGCCUAUGUUCAUGGCUGUUGUGUAAGACUAUGUACUCGGGUGGCUUUGAAGACAUAGACAUAGGGGAAAACUGCUAAACACUACUGUUCCUAAGUCUCUCUCUCUCUCUCUCUCUCUCUCUCUCUCUCUCUCUCUCUCUCUCUCUCGUACUGUCUCCUGGUCCAAGCACGCAGAUGUCCAGAAUCUUAAGAGAAUCAAAUGCAGAUGACUAACACAGCAGCAUGUCGGUCGAAGCUCCUGGGACUAGCUGCAGACUCUAGAUGUCACUAUUCAUUAUGAUUCAUAACAUUUGGGCUGCACAGAGAAUUGUCUAAAUGUUGCAGAAAUAUUGGCUUCACCUGUGGAGUGCUGGGAACAGCCUGCAUUGGGGAGUUUUCCACGCCUGGCAGUGAUUGUGGAGCUUCGAUUUUGCUUUUGGCUCCUCUCUUUCUCUGCUUUCUUUCUGUCAUCUUUCAUCUCAUUUCCCUCUUUACCACAUCAUCUCCUUGCUUCCGCUCCCGCUCGGCUUUGUCUUUCUGCUCCCAUUACUGUCAGGUCUUGCAUCAGGGAACGUAGCUUAACCAAAACUUGGUGCAUCAUUGUAAAUGCGUGUUUUUGCAAACUGUCGUGCAAAUUGAAUGAUUUUUUUUUUUAAAUCACAAAGGACAACAUGGCUGUUUACUCAUUAUGCAAACUUUAAAGUAUAAAUUAAAUUUCGAUUCUAGAUGAACAGCCUAAAUAUGUGUCGAUUUCAUGCUAUGAAUCAUUUCACUUUCAAAAUCGCAUGCUAAUGUGACAUUCCUGCCAAAGGAACCGAUCCAUUCAAAAACUUUGAGGGUCUCUGAGCUCAAAACACUGAUGGCUUUUGAUGCAGGCUCCGAUUUCUUUACCUGAACAGAGAUGCUGGACUCCAGUAAUUUGGUGACUUUCACUGGACUGGCCAACAGUUCAGGUUACGACACUUUUCUAAUGGAUGAGGAGAGAGGGAGAUUACUAGUGGGAGCAGAGGACCAUGUCUUCUCUUUUGAUCUGGUCAACAUAAACAGAGACCUCAAACAGAUCGCCUGGCCUGCCACACCUUCAAAAAGAGACGAGUGCAAGUGGGCAGGAAAAGACCUCGCAAAAGAGUGCUCCAACUUUGUGCGGGUUCUGCAGCCAUUCAACCAGACACACCUGUAUGUGUGUGGCACAGGUGCAUUCCACCCCAUCUGUUCCUACCUGGAGAUUGGCAAACGAGCAGAGCUUCUGCAGGGUGUACAGGGUGGGGAUGCUGUUCAAGCUCCAGAUGUCCUGGCAUUACUUGCAGAUAACCUGUUCAGGCUAGAUGUGUCCCAUUUAGAGAAUGGCCGUGGGAAAAGUCCAUAUGACCCAAAGAUGCUGUCAUCCUCUUUGCUGAUUGAUGGAGAACUGUACUCUGGAACCUCAGCAGACUUCAUGGGACGAGACUUUGCUAUUUUCCGAACACUUGGGACCAAUCACCCAAUCCGCACAGAGCAGCAUGAUUCCAGAUGGCUAAAUGACCCCAAGUUCGUUGGCAUUCACCUCAUCCCUGAGAGUGAUAACCCAGAAGAUGAUAAGAUCUUCCUGUUCUUCAAAGAGAAUGCCAUGGAUGGGGAACACACAGGCAAAGCAACUAUCUCCAGAGUAGCACAACUGUGUAAGAAUGACGAGGGUGGACACAGGAGUUUGGUGAACAAAUGGACUACCUUUCUAAAGGCUAAACUGACCUGUUCAGUCCCAGGGCUUAAUGGCAUAGAUACGUACUUUGAUGAGCUACAGGAUGUGUUCUUAAUGAGUGCUAAAGACCCAAAGAACCCAGUGAUCUAUGCUGUCUUCACUACCUCCAGUAAUAUCUUUCGUGGAUCAGCUAUCUGCAUGUACAGCAUGGCAGACAUCAGGAGAGUGUUUCUGGGCCCCUACGCUCACAGAGAUGGGCCCAACUACCAGUGGGUCCCCUUCCAAGGCAGGGUGCCCUAUCCACGCCCUGGCACAUGCCCCAGUAAAACCUUCGGCGGGUUUGACUCCACCAAGGACCUCCCUGAUGACGUCAUCACGUUUGCACGUCUCCACCCCGCCAUGUACAACCCAGUGCAGCCGGUAGGCGGCCGGCCUAUAGUAGUACGCACCAACGCCGACUACCAGUUCACCCAGCUGGUGGUGGAUCGCGUGGAGGCCGAGGACGGCCAGUAUGACGUCAUGUUCAUCGGCACAGACUUGGGCACAGUGCUGAAGGUGGUGACCAUCCCCAGAGAGAGCUGGCAUGACCUGGAGGAGGUGGUGCUGGAAGAGAUGACCGUCUUCAGGGAGCCGACUCCCAUCACGGCUAUGGAACUAUCCACUAAGCAACAACAGUUGUACCUGGGUUCAGCUGUGGGGAUAUCCCAGAUGCCUCUGCACCGCUGCGAGGUGUACGGAAAAGCAUGUGCCGAGUGCUGCCUGGCCAGAGACCCCUACUGCGCCUGGGAUGGCAUGGAGUGUUCCAGAUACUUCCCCACUGCCAAGAGGAGAACAAGGCGGCAAGAUAUCAGAAAUGGAGAUCCUCUCUCCCAGUGCUCUGAUCUGCAUCACAAUGAUGACCUAGAGGGCUACAGCAGUGUGGAGGAGAGGAAUGUGUAUGGGGUGGAAAACAGUAGUAUGUUUCUAGAGUGCAACUCCAAGUCUCAGAGAGCUCUCAUCUAUUGGGAGCUUCAGAGGCCUGGUGAGGAGCACAAGCAUGAGAUCAUGAUGAAUGAGAGGGUGAGUCACACUGACAGAGGCCUGCUCAUUCGUAGCCUGACCCAGGCUGACACAGGAGUGUACCACUGCCAUGCCGUGGAGCACGGCUUUAUCCAGCCACUGCUGCGCCUCACCCUGCAGGUCAUCCCAUCGCAACGUGUGGGAGAGCUGCUCCUGCUCCGUACCGGGCCUGACGACCGUGAGCCCAUCCCCAAGCACAAGCCCUGGUACCGUGACUUCUUGAGCCUACUGGAACACCCAGACCUCCAUAGUGUGGAUGAGUUCUGCGAACACGUCUGGAAGAAGGAGCGGAAACAGCGUGGCAAGAAGCCUCCCAGAAGUGGCCUGCCCACUGGCCAGAACUCGCAGACAUCCAGCCAGAAUCAGCAUGACCAGAAAGCACCCAGCAGCACAAAAGCGACAAAUGUCCCUAGUGGCCUGAAUCUGCCCAAAGCAGCUGGGAUCCAGAGAAGCCAAAUCCCACAGGGUACCACCAGCCCACACGGCCUAAGCCCCAGGUCAAGCCCCAGCACUCCCAAAGGCUCAAACACUCAAGAAAGCCAGGGUCAAGGGAAGAGAGGUAAUGCACCGGCCCGAAGAACACCGCCCAGCACGGCCAAGUGGAAACAGCUUCAGGAGAACAAAAGGGGACGUAAUCGCCGGACCCAUGAGCAACAGAGACCACCUCGCAGUGUGUGAAGCCAUGGAUUCUCCACUAUUUCAGACACACACCCAUAACAUGCAUCAAACAUGCAGAUAGCUAUCUAGCAAUCUUCAUACAUCUGUAUACUGCAAACAUUCAAAGAAAAGCACAAUAAGCAGAAAAACUGCACUCUUAGAACACUUGUAGUUUGAAUAAAAGGUGAACUUUAUCAAACUUCUUAACCAUAGGAAGCACAAUUACAAUUAUGUACCAUCAAAGACAUUUAACAGUAGUGUGUAUACAAGUGAACUGAUACACUUUCCUGUACAUAAUGUUCCUAUGCUGAAGGGCAUGAGUGUGUGUUGUCCCUUAAGACUCUUUUGUCUUGGAGCAAGAGAAGGAUCACCAUUUCCAAACUGCUUCCUCUGUUCAAACAGCUGUUGAGAGAAGUUUGGGAAACUUCUACAGAAACUGAGAUGUUUUAUUUAGUUAUCUUCUCAAUCUUUAUCCAGGAUGACUGUGUUGUUCAUUGUCAUGAUACAUUUACCAUGGUUCUGGAUCAGACAACAUCCCCUAAUAUGGACUGUUUACCAGCCUGAAAGAGAUUGGAAAAUUGUGGAGUCUGGUCACUCUGAUUUGUGAAGAUUAUUACAGGAGUAACUAUAGUGGGCACUGUAUAGAAAAUAAUUCAGUAAUCAUGGCUACAAGAUAUUGUUAGCCAUAAGGCAUGCGUUACGGAGGCAUGCUCUACUAACAGUUCAUCUGAUUGCUGACCCUUGUAGCCAUUCUGACUUAAAUGUUAGCCUAAUUAGUUGCUGUAUAUUCAUAAUAGAAAAGUGACCCAACUGGAUUAUGAAGAGGGUACCUGUGGAGACAGGAUUUUCCCCUCAAAUACAGAAUUCAAAUGUGCAUGACAUUGUUUAAUUGAAUACAUAAGCUUCAUUAAGCCAGUUGCAUAGUUGAACUUAAAAAUACAUUUUCAGAUUACAGGGGUGGUUUAUGAUAGAUCUGAAUCUAUUUUAUUUUUAUCUGAAUUUUGAUUUUAUUUUAAAUAGAAAAUAACAUGUUUUGUGCCAAGUUCUGCAUCUUUUAAAAGGUGCUGUGUUUGGUUAUUGCUAUAACCUUGGCUGUUUUAUUUUAAGUUAUUUUUAUGCUAGUUCACCUCAUACGAAUGUGCUCUUGCAGUCUGUGUUGAGAGUGUAAAUAUAUACAGCCAGACACCACUUGACUAUUUAUUGCUGAUUUUUUAGGGGUUACAGUUAUUUUUGAUAUUAUGGAUGUUUUGAGAUCUAUUGUAAACAAAAGUGAAAAAUGUGGUGAAGCACAUUAAUGGACCAAUACUUUUGUCUUUUUUUAGUUUUUCCUAUUGUUUGAGGUUUGAGAAGUCUGCCUCUUCCUAUCCUUCACUUUUUCUCUGUAAUGCCCCCAAAUGAAGCUGUCUAUAUUUCAUUCCCUUGUUUCUGUAUGAAUUGCUCAUCAAAUAGCAAAAUAUUACGAGGAUAUGACUAAAUUGUAAGAUACUGAAUGCCCACACUUUAGCUGUGAAUCUCCUGUAGAAAUGUUUAGGGUAAAAGUCUGACUGACUCUUCAAACUGCAUGUGAACCUUAGUGCAUUCACUUUAUUGUCAGUGUUUUCUGUGAGGUCCGUUCCUUGCCAUGAGCAUAGGAAAUGUGAAAAAUGUUUUAUUUCAUAUUACUUAUGCAAAGAUAAAUAUGUCUGCCCUCUUUUAUGUAUUAUAAAACUCAUCUUUUGUACAAACAAACCACCUCCACCCCCCAAAUGUAUGAUGUUUCAAUGCAAUACAAAAUGAUGUCCACAGGAUGGCGCUCCCAGCACUCCUUGCCAAAGACCUAUUUUGUCUUUGGUUGGAGACAAGUAAUUUGAGGUAGCUGGGAGCUCUUAUAACUGUCAAUGGGUGUUUCUGGCAUGCAUUUGGUUGUCUAAAUAAAUAUUUCCUCUAUCGUUUUA